AUGAGCGGGGUCGCGCAGCCACACCCGGACUUGAACAUGGCCAACAUCCUCACAAGAAACAACAUGGAUGACUUCUACGGCGCUCUAGGGGCCGAUCCGAACAGCACGCGCGAGCAAAUCGUGGCCGAAUUCAAAGCACGCGUCCGCGGCGUGCACCCGGAUCGACAGCAGACAAGCCAGGACGAGGGCCAGCACGCAGCGGAGCAGUUUGCGCGGCUGCACCGGGCCUACGAGGUGCUGAGCGACCCCGAGUCACGGGCCAAGUACGACCGCUACCUGGCCGCCGGCCUCAACCUGUCCUACGACACCUGGCUCGACAUGCAGCAGCAUCAGCGGGUCAUGCACUGGGCCAUCCCCAAGAAGAAGCCCACCCUGGACCAGGAGCCCUUCCGGCCGCCACCCCAGUGA